AUGGAGCAUUUGGCGAUUCAUCUUCCUCACGAGGCUAAACUUGGUGGUCCUGUUCAGUAUCGAUGGAUGUAUCCGUUUGAACGCUUUAUGUAUCACUUGAAGAAAAAGGCAAAAAAUAAAGCUAAAGUCGAAGGAUCGAUAGUGGAACAAUAUGUUAAUGAGGAAAUUUCAGAUUUUAGCUCUUAUUAUUUCGAAUCUCAUAUUGAGACCAAGAGUCGAAAUACUUCUCGCUCCGAUGAUGGAGGUUUGACAUACAACUAUUCGUUUCCAGAUAUCCCUGAAAUAUUUGUACAAGGUGGACGAGGUAGUGGUAAAUCUGUAGAUGUUUGGUUAGAUUCUCAAGACUACAAGCGAGCACAUUCAUACGUACUUUUGAAUUGUGGUUAUCUACAACGUUUUGAAAGAUGCAAUUGGUAUGACUCAACAAGGGAUAAAGGUUUCCGUAUAAACAAAUCAGGGGUCAUCGAUGUUAAUCGGGUUAGACGGUAUGGAAAGUAUGAUCCUUUUAUUCUUGCUAGCCAAGCCGACCAAUAUGAGAAUGAUAAUACGAUAGUCGAGGCUGAUCCAUUUAUAAUGGUUGAUAGUUUAGCUGAUCCGCAAGAACAGUUUGUGAUCCUCGAUGACGCUCUUGAUGAAGAUCUAGGUUCAGAUACUGAUAAUGUUUCCCAAGAAGAGUAUGAUUCAACCGAAGAUGAAGAAGAUGAUACCCAAGAAGAGUAUGAUUCAACCGAGGAUGAAGAAGAUGAUACAUCUUGA